AGCACAGAACACAGACUUGCCUCAUUCUCAAAGACCAGGCUCGAACUUAAAGAAAAAAAGAAGGGACCAGGAAGGCGACGGCAGACUUCAGCAGCAGAAAGAAGAGCUAAAGCGAGAGAACCCCAGCGGGAGCCGGAUCUGCUUGCAGCCCCCCCCCCCACCACGACAACAACAAAGAUGAUGAAGAUCUGGCCGAUCGGCUACAUGUUGCUGAUACAAAGCCUGGCGGUGGAGUCCCACGGCAGUGCGCCGCCGUUCUACGAGUGUCUCGAGCAAGACAAGCGGGCGGCCUGGUGCGGGAAAUGGGUGGGCACGGGCCAACAAACGUUCAAAUAUCAAGUCCAGAAAGCGGGCGUGCUUAGGAGCGACGGGCUGUACCAAUGCGAUCGGGUGACAGAUGUGACCGACUAUCUGUGCUGCACCUCGGCGCUCAACCCGAGUGGGUAUGAUCCGAAGCAAGACCCGCCGGUCAGCUUGGAUAUCGACCAUGCCCUGGUCUCGCAGACUUGUUCUCCCGGGAAAGUCCAUCGUCUUUGAACAGAAAUCUCCCCCCAACCGAGUCACAUAACCCAGAGACAUCAAUUUUUCGAUCCAACGAAAUAGGAAAAAACUCGGGCUUGUAACAUUCAACAACACUCAGCUGAAGUCUUGACCUUCUUCCAUUUGGUGAUCGUCGCACGUCUUUGCCAUUCAUCAUCAUCAUCCUCUUCUUCCUCUUCUUCUUCUUCAUCAUCGUAUUGUAGAUAUACAAAAGAUUGUUUUCUUUUUUUUUUCAGUUUCAGUUUCGAUUUCUUGCACAUUAAAAGACAAACGAUUGCAGACACU